UGAAGGAGGAAUAUAAAGAGGAAAUACCAUACACAGAUUGACAGAGAGAAGGGAAAGGAGAGAAAUGAACAGAGGGGGAAACUGGAGGAGUAAGGUCCACUUAGAAUGUUAGUGUCUCGGUGUGUCUCAAUGGAGAUGCAAGGGACUCAUUGAAUGGGAUAUUCUCCACUGGGAAAGUACUCUCUGAAGGACCAUCUCUGACAGACUGGUACAUGUCAGCUACCGCCACAGCUCCUCUGGAGAGACGUGAGAAACCAGAACCUCACGUCACUCUCCAUCUGAUUCCAGCCAUCACAACUACGUCUACCACAGCACCACCACCUGCCUCUAUCCACCAUGAGUGACGACAGGGAAAGACAGGGUGCCGAUGGAGGCUACGGGGUCGAACAGCCGCCCAACGUCAAACCCAAACCUGACAGCAUCAAGAAGGCGAAAAAGGAGAAAUCCACCAAGGUGCGUAGGUCCAUGAGCACUGACUCCGAGAGAGGAGAGGGAUCUGGGAGAAGGAGGGAGAGAAAGAGAGACAAAGGGUUGAGGAGGGAGCGUGGUAGAAGUGAGGAGAACAGGAGGCAAGACAGGGCUGGAGAUGACAGCAACCGGAAGGCGUCUGACCCCCAGGAAAACGACAUGGAGGACACUGAGUGCGUGGUUUGCUUUUGCGAAUACGACAACGUCUUUAAAACCCCCAAGCUGCUCUCCUGCGGGCACACGUUCUGUCUGGAGUGCCUGGCCCGGAUCAACGUCACCUCCUUAGAGCUCAAGUCUCUUUCCUGCCCUGUGUGUCGAGAGCUCACCAACCUGCCCCACGGCCGCAACCUACCCCAGCUGGGCAACAACCAGGACAUCUUCCGCAAACUCCCUCCAGAGAUGCAGAGGGCGCUGUCCGUGCGCUUCAAGCGCAGCAAGGGCAAGCUGGUCCUCAAGAAGCCCCCUCCUGGUACUACCACCCUGCCCACUCUCAAGAAGCAGGACCGGCAGGCCUCCAGCAACCUCCAGCUGGGCACCAUAGAUCAGGGCCUCGCCACUGUCGUGGACGUGGGUCGCCCCCCUAGAAGGGUCAGAGGUCGCCUGCGCAGGAUGUUCCGCUCGGACCAGUGCUACUACACCGUGAUGGCAUCCAUCGUCACCAUCACCGUGGUGCUGAUGCUGAUGGGCAUCCUGGCCUUCAUGGUCAUGCCCAAUGUGGUCCUCCACAACGGCAGCAAACCCAACCAGGGGAAUUCCAGCCAACCAUAACCAGGUGGUCAAAUACCCUGAGGAAAAGACGGGAUGGUGGUGGGAUGAAGGGAAGUAAUACCAGAGGAGAGAAUCACUCAGAUAUUUUCAGAGGACUAAUAUUGUCAGGGAUCCUAAUAUCUGCCAUUUCAUUUUCUUUACUAAUACUCAGUUAUGAAGAAAAUGUGAAUUAACUGAAAAGAAAGGUGACCCUGAAAGCACUAGUGCACACUCAACUGGGGUCAACACAUAACAAGGACCAUGUUGUUUAUGAAGGACUGAUGCACAAGAAGUACUAAUGGGAAAAGUGUCGCAAGAGUUAUUUUUUAUCCACCAUUUUGUCUUCCUGCAGUAUAAAGAUCAUGAACAUGGAACAUUUACCCAAAUGUGAACGGGACAGCUAUUGCGGUGAAGUCAGAGAGGACAAUUAAUGUUGUCUGGGGAAUGUAAUUCAUUAUAAAGUUGUGUACUAUGUAAUUGCACUGAAGUCUGCCAUGGAGAAUUAUUACAAGUAAGAGAUUAUUUGAUUACACUGAGCAUUAUCUUAUUCUUUACAUUGCAAAGUAAAAAUGUUAAGCUCAAGAUUUUGUUUUACAUUCAUUGAUGUCUAACUAAUGUAUAUUUACGUACAAAAUAUGAAUAUACAUAUAGAGUUCAAAUAAGAAUGAUACAUUUGUUUAAAAAAUGUAUUUAAAAAAAACAACGGAAUAGGUCUCUUGUCAUAGCAGAGGUAUCCUACCACACUGAAAUGAAUGACGUUUCCAAUAGACCCAGUGCCAUGUUACAUGCACGUUGCACGUACGUACACGUUGCCUUACAGUAAAACCAAAUGUGCUGAUUUGA